GAAAGCCCCCCAAAGUUGCCCUGUGUGAAUGUGUCCAUCAAUGUACCUCGGCUGUACAUGUCAGUCUCUGGUGAAAGGGCCCCGAGGGGUUUGUAUGCCGCCCUUCGCCCCCACAUAUUCUCCCUCGUCCCCGAUUCUGGGGAACAAAUAGGCUGGUAUGCAAAGAGCUAGACAAUGUCGCUAUUAUUAUUAUGCAACGUUGUAGUAGAUGGUAGUUGGGCUAGGCAAUGGAUGGCUGGCAAUACGAUGCCCACUGUCUCUGUCUGUAUGCGUGCCUGCCUGUCUUGUAUCUGGGCAGAACAAAGCCGGACCGCGAGAUUGGACGAGCAGAGGAAUAAGCCAUUGUCUGGACGGUGUCAUUCAUUAUCCAUCAAAAAAUACUUAAAAAAUCAUCCCAACUACAUCCGAAGCAUGUCGCAAGAUCACGGCCAAGAAUAAAUGUGUAUGUACUGGAUGAAUUUGCGGUUCUACGUAACAAACAGUAAUGCUGGUAGCUCUUUCUUCUUUCUCAAAUAUUGAGGUGGA